UCCACCAGCAACAUCACCUGCUUGCCUCUCUCCUCUCUCCCUCUCUCUCUCUCAUAAUCAGAGGAUUUGAGACCAGGCCAGAUCCAAACCCAAAACAACACGAACCUCAAAUUCCUCACAUAUAUAUAUUUCUCUCUUUUAAAAUCAAAACCUAUAAAAGAAACCCUCUUUUAAAUUCUUCCCUCUCUCUCUCUCACUAUCUUCCUUGAGAGAUUUUCUUUUAAAGCUCGACAUGUGGGUUCUAAUCUUGAAAUAAAACUUAGAAUUGCCUUAUUUUGGGCUUGAUUGAGGGGUUUUGGGUUGAGAAUAAAAGGUAAAAAAAUUGAACUUUUUGGAUAGAUCUGUGUUUUUCAUUCAUUAAUAAGGUUGGAUUCAUCUGUUUUGGCUUUGAUAACGGAAGCCCAGAUAAAAGACUCGAUUUUUACCCGUUAAAACAAGAACACAGAUAUAAAAGUCGAAUUUUUAGGUGUGAAAGGACAAAUCCGCAUAAAAGAUCCAGCUUUUAGGCGUGAAAAGGAGGAACCCAGAUAAACAAAUCGAUUUUCUGUGGGUGUUUUUGGGGAUUAUUGGGGUAGUGGGGAACAAUAAAAGGAAGAAAUGGCAGAGCAAGGGGGCUUGGAAGGUAGCCAGCCAGUGGAUCUUUCCAAGCAUCCUUCUGGCAUUGUUCCCAUCCUCCAGAACAUUGUUUCAACUGUGAACUUAGAUUGCAGGCUGGAUCUUAAGCAAAUUGCCCUGCAAGCCCGUAAUGCAGAAUACAACCCCAAGCGUUUUGCUGCCGUCAUCAUGCGGAUUAGGGAACCAAAAACUACAGCAUUGAUUUUUGCAUCUGGAAAGAUGGUGUGCACAGGUGCCAAGAGCGAACAACAGUCAAAACUUGCUGCUAGAAAGUAUGCACGAAUCAUCCAAAAGCUAGGCUUUGCUGCCAAAUUUAAGGACUUUAAAAUUCAGAAUAUUGUUGGCUCUUGUGAUGUCAAGUUCCCCAUCAAACUUGAAGGGCUUGCAUACUCCCAUGGUGCUUUCUCAAGUUAUGAACCUGAAAUCUUUCCAGGCUUAAUAUAUCGAAUGAAACAACCAAAGAUUGUGCUUCUUAUUUUUGUCUCAGGAAAAAUUGUGAUCACCGGAGCCAAGGUGAGAGAGGAGACAUACAAAGCCUUUGAAAACAUAUACCCUGUCCUUGCAGAGUUUAGGAAAGUCCAGCAAUGAUUUAUAUUUGAAAUGGGGCUUUGGUGGUGUUGUGGAUAGUAUCAGAUGGGGUGGAUUCAAGUGUGCAUAUGUGAAGCCAGGGCACAGCCUUCUUGGCUCUGGUUCUGUUGCCGUCUUCUAAUUUGUUUAGUCACUUGCCCACCAAAAGAAAGUGGGUGUGAUUGGGGGAAAGUGCUCGCGCGAGGUGUAAUUAAGAGCUGUAAGGGAGAAGGACGGGGGACUGAAUAACAUGUUUUUGUGUUUUAGCCUGUCGGACACUACACUUUGACGAUUUUAAUGCUGAAAACUUAGUUCCACUUUUGACAUGAACUGUGUUUCUGUCUUCUCUCUUUCUUUAUUACCACCACAACUCAUGUUUCUUAGCUAGGAUGCCUUUGAAACUUAAAUGUACGGCAGUUGCUAUUGGAUGGAGAGGUGUUUAAGGGCAUCAGAGAUGUUUGUUGCUUGAUUCUUUUUCAAUGUCAAGUCCAUGAGAGCCUGUAAUAGAAAUGUUACUGUGCCUGC